AUGAACAGUCUGUUUCCAUCCAUUAGAAUCAUAUGGUUUCUCUUUAUGAUACCAUCAUGUGUUUUCUCAGCUAAUGAUCUUUAUAAACACUGCAGUCAACCGUUUCAAUGCGGCGAUCAGAGGAGUCUCUUGUACCCUUUCUGGAUUCCUGGCAGAGAAGACUGCGGCCACCCGAAGUUCAAGCUCGAUUGCAACACAAGUUUUGCAGAGGUUAGCUUCUCCUCUGUGAAGUUCAGAAUCUUAGACGCGGAUUACAUAACUCCUAAGAUAAGACUAGCUCGGUCGGAUUUUAUCAGCAAUGUUUGUCCUCAUGCUCCUUUAAAUGUGUCCUUUGAGGACAACGUUCUUCCGUUUGGUCCUAACACCGAUCUGCUAACGAUUUAUUACGAGUGCAACUUUUCGCGUGAAGUUUAUACUUUUGGUGGUAUGCUUGGUUGUCCUAGUGAUAAGUCUGAUCACAAAAGAAACUACUAUGUGACGAGGAACCUCUCUUCUCCUCUACUUCAAGGGAUCAGUUCAUCUUUAAACGACUUUAAAAGAUUUUGCGCAAGAAACGUUAGUAUUCCUGCAUCUGGACCUUCCCUCAACACACUCCAGACAAGUCCCAGCGCAGAGAAUCUAGAGAAGGCUCUUGAAAACGGUUUUGAGCUUGGACUUAACCAAGAAUGUCUGAUGUGCAGAGGUUCUGGUGGUGCUUGUGGAUUUAACCAGAGCUCUAAUGGAUUCAUUUGCUAUUGUUUAGAUGGAACACGUAAGGGUACUUGCGGUUCAAGGAAAAAGGGUAAGACUUUUCUUGCCUACAUAGUGCUAGUUUUGUUAUGUUUGUGUUUAGCAGUUGGUGUUACUCUGUUCCUGAUCUUGGUCUUAACGUUGUUAGUUCUAAGAAGAAAAAGAUCGCAUGAUCUUGGUCGUGAGAACCACAAGACACUAAAUCCACAACCAAAACUCAAAGCACUUAUUCCACUAAAGCAGUAUAGUUACGUGCAAGUGAAGAAAAUUACAAAGUCAUUCGCGGAACAAGUUGGGAAAGGCGGGUUUGGAACUGUUUAUAAAGGAACCCUUGGUGAUGGCCGCAUGGUUGCAGUGAAGGUUUUGAAAGACUCAAAGGAUAAUGAUGGUGGAGACUUCAUCAAUGAAGUUGCAAGCAUGAGUCAAACUUCUCAUGUCAAUAUUGUUACUCUCCUAGGAUUUUGCUCUGAAGGUUCCAAGAGAGCAAUUAUUUAUGAAUUCCUCGAAAAUGGGUCUCUCGAUAAGUUCAUCUCAGACCAGACCUCGAUGGAUAUAGAUUGGACGACACUUUCUAGAAUUGCGCUUGGAGUUGCUCGUGGUUUAGAGUACUUGCACCAUGGCUGCAAAACAAGAAUUGUACAUUUUGACAUAAAACCUCAAAAUGUACUCUUAGAUGAUAACUUUGUACCCAAAGUUUCAGACUUUGGUCUUGCUAAGCUUUGCGAGAAGAAAGAGAGCAUAUUGUCAAUGCUAGACACAAGAGGGACAGUAGGGUACAUUGCACCAGAGUUAUUUUCAAGAAUGUACGGUAGAGUUUCCCACAAGUCAGAUGUGUAUAGCUAUGGUAUGUUGGUUCUUGAGAUGAUAGGAGCAAGGAACAAAGAAAAAGCUGCUCAAACCUCUGCAUCAAACACAAGCUCAAUAUAUUUUCCUGAAUGGAUAUACAAAGAUCUUGAGAAGGGAGACAUUGGAAGGCUUAUCGAAGAUGGAAUAGGCAUUGAAGAAGAGGAGCUAGCAAAGAAGAUGACAUUGGUGGGUUUGUGGUGUAUACAAUCUUCUCCAUCAGAUCGCCCAGCGAUGAAUAGAGUUGUAGAGAUGAUGGAAGGAAACCUUGAUGCUCUUGAUGUCCCUCCUAGACCUGUUUUCCAAAUUCCAUCAAUGUCUUUUGAAGAAUCUUCUACCCUUUCAGAGGAUAUAUCAGGUUCCACAGACUUGUGUUCCAUCAAUGUUGCAUAA